CUGGACUUGACCGGAGAAGUUACUGUAGGAGAAGUUUCUCCACGAUGUUCCUCACCCUCACCCCCCUCCAGAAGAAGCACCGCUCCUUUCACGAGGGCGAAGCUCUCCCUGCAGUCACAGAGAGACAGACAGGACUAGAAAGAGGGAAAGAAGACGUAGAAGAAGACUGGAGUAAAAUGAAGGCUGCUGAAAAACUCAUGAAGGUUUUUGUGACCAGACGCAUUCCCCAGGAGGGAAUGAAGCUCCUGUCGGCGGCUGCAGAGUGUGAGGUGUCCAUGUGGGACUCAGAUGAACCUGUGCCCAGAGCGGAGCUGCUCAAAGGUGUGCAGAAGGCUAACGGUCUUCUGUGUCUGCUGUCGGACAAGAUUGAUGCCGAGGUCCUGGACGCUGCAGGUCCCAACCUGAAGAUCAUCAGCACCAUGUCGGUGGGAUUUGACCACUUGGCUCUGCAGGAAAUUAAAAAACGUGGCAUACGAGUUGGAUACACUCCCGAUGUGCUUACUGAUGCCACAGCUGAACUGACCGUCGCCCUGCUCCUGGCCACUGCUCGCAGAUUACCAGAGGGAGUGGAGGAGGUCAAAAAUGGUGGCUGGAGCUCAUGGAAGCCUCUCUGGCUCUGUGGCUAUGGUCUAUCUGGCAGCACGGUCGGAGUCAUCGGACUCGGACGCAUUGGUUUAGCUAUUGCUAAGAGACUCAUGCCGUUUGGAGUUCAGAGGCUGCUGUACUCUGGGAGAUCAGCGAAGUCUGAAGCUGCAGAGGUUAAUGGAGAGUACGUUCCUGUGGACACCCUUCUGUCUGAGAGUGACUUCAUUGUAGUUUCCUGCUCCCUGACUCCAGAAACCCAGGGCCUGUGUAACAAGGCCUUCUUCAGCAAGAUGAAGAAUACGGCAGUCUUCAUCAACACUAGCAGGGGGGCUGUGGUCAACCAGGAAGACCUGUAUGACGCCUUAAGUACUGGACAGAUAGCGGCAGCUGGGCUGGACGUCACGACACCUGAGCCUCUCCCAACAGACCAUCCGCUCUUAACACUGAAAAACUGUGUUGUGUUGCCACACAUUGGCAGCGCCACCUACUCCACAAGAAGCGUCAUGUCAGCCUUGUCAGUGCGCAACCUGCUCUGUGGCCUGCAGGGCACAGAAAUGCCAAAUGAACUCACUUUGUAGAAGAACCUGCUGCUGUGUAGAGAACGGUGAGGCUGUGAUGUGACAGCAGUCUGUGAUGUGAGAUCACAGCAGCAGAGAAGAGGGAGAAUACUAAUGUAGUUCAGUGAACACAUGACGUCAGUGUCAACUGGAUCCUUUAGUGAGUCUGAAGUUCACUUUGAUUAUAAACUAUGAAUUAAUGAGAAGAGAAGGAAGCUGGAAAUCAGCUCCACAGGAGGAGCACUUGUCACAUGUCCUUAACUUUUGUUCUUGUCUUGUGUGUAACAGCACCCCAUUGUUUCCAUUUCACAUGUUAUGUGGUCCCUGGUCUGUUUUUUAUUUUUAUUUUGAACGAACGUUUGGCUGUGAAGGUUUAUCAGAUGCUCCACUUGUGGCCUGCAUUUAUGAAUGUGCUCCGUGUUUACUGUUGGUCCAAGGUUUAACACUCCAGUUCUGUUACAAAUGAGAUCGAUCUCUAUAGUACAAAGCCUACCAUUUAGUAAACAUAGCAAUGUCUGUGUUAAUGGAAAAAAAAACAGGAACAGAUAAAGGUCAAUAAAAAUGAUUUAUUUAUUUCUCA